AUGACCAUCACAUACAACAAGAACGUCGAGGCGAAGAGGCUGUUUGUGAACGGAUUGCUGCGCCAUGAGAAGGUUGGAGCCUUGCUGCCACCAGAAGCGCAAGACUGUGCUGCAAAAAUCGAGUUUACGGGUUCUGCAUCCCCAUCUCUGGCCAUCAAUUGGAGAUUCGCUGAGAGCAUCUCUGCACUGCAAGCACUGCAGGCCACCAUGGUCAGCGUGCUUCUGAAGCGCAAAUACGACGUGGAUGCCCCGAGGGUUGUGAUUGAUACGGACCAUGCGCAGCUGUUUUUCAUGACUCUGAUGCUCUUCACGAUUGACCCUAAUGACCAGAGGAUCACCAUCGGCACCCGGAGCGCACCUGGGGAGGGACUUGAGAAAUAUUUCCCAAGUUGGGAGAGGCAUGAUUCAUGGCGGAACCUGUAUCGUGCCGCUGCGACCAACAUCUACAAAACCAAGGACAAUCGCUACUACCAUCUGCACGAAGCCCAAGCUCCUUACGUCAAAUCGGUCGCUGCUAUGACCAGCGCGGAACUGGAUCACCUUGAGAAUGACAUCUGGCGUCAAGCCGGGACAAUCUGCUACACUGUGGAUGAGUAUAGGAAUUGUGAAAGUGGCAAGGCUAACUCUCACGUCGGACUGUACGAAGUGACCGAAUACCCAAGUCAGACACAGCAACCUGGAUGGUGGCCAUCGACACCUCAAACCUCUGCACAGCGCCCACUUGCAGGCUUGAAGGUAGUGGACUUGUCUCGCAUCAUCGCUGCCCCAGCCAUCUCCAGAGGCCUGGCAGAACUUGGAGCCAGCGUCAUGCGUGUCGUUGGACCCCACCUCGACGACCAUUCCAGGCUUCAUCCAGAUAUGAGCUGGGGGAAAUGGAACACCUGCCUGGAUUUUCGGAAAGCUGACGAACUUGAGGCCAUGCGAAAUCUGGUUGGAGAUGCAGAUGUCGUCGUUCUAGGUUACCGUCCUGGCGUACUGGACAAAUACGGUCUCGAUGUUGAUGGCAUUCUAGGUCUAGUGGAGCAAAGAGGGAGAGGGGUGGUCAUAGUCAGGGAGAAUUGUUACGGCUGGCAUGGUACAUGGUCUGGGAGGAGUGGCUGGCAACAGAUCAGUGAUGCGGUUACUGGAGUUUCUAUGCAGUUUGGUCAAGCCAUGGGUCUGGACGAAGCCGUUACGCCGGUCUUCCCAAACAGUGACUUCUGCACUGGUGUUUGCGGAGUUGUCGGAGCCCUGGAUGGACUCCUGCGACGGGCAGAGAAGGGCGGAUCCUACUGUAUCAGUUGGCUCGUUGACGUUUGUGGAACCUAUCCUGACGACGUCUGGAGGAAUCUCUGGGAGCGCAAUGGGAGACCCCAGUUCCGGCACAACGAUCCAAUGUCGGUUCUGCUACCGGCUUACAUGAAGAUGAUGAAGGAGAAGCACGCCGAGACUCUUCUACGAGAAGACUUCUUCGAGGAUCGCGCAUGUCCCGUAAUCGGGCACUCCAUCAGAACGAUCAAGCCCGUACUUAAGUAUCCGGAUGGCGAGGUGCAACUGAGGUUCAACGUAGGGACAAGGACGAACGGGGUAGACCAGCCAUAUUGGCCCUCAGACCUCACUGUUGAAGUUGUAGAAUGA